CCAACACCCGUUAUCCUGCUGAAGGAGGGCACGGACACCUCACAUGGGAUCCCCCAGCUCGUCAGUAACAUCAAUGCCUGCCAGGUUAUCGCAGAAGCUGUGCGCACUACCCUAGGACCCAGGGGCAUGGACAAGCUCAUUGUGGAUGACAGAGGCAAAGCCACUAUAUCUAAUGAUGGUGCCACCAUACUGAAGCUCCUUGAUGUUGUCCAUCCGGCUGCGAAGACGUUAGUGGACAUUGCGAAAUCUCAAGAUGCGGAGGUUGGUGAUGGCACCACGUCCGUAACUCUGCUUGCUGCUGAGUUCCUGAAACAAGUGAAGCCCUAUGUGGAGGAAGGCCUCCAUCCUCAAAUCAUCAUCCGUGCCUUCCGCACAGCAACACAGCUGGCUGUAAACAAGAUCAAAGACAUCGCUGUUGCAGUGAAGAAGGAAGAUAAAGAUGAGCAGAGAAGCCUGCUGGAGAAGUGUGCGGCCACAGCCCUGAGCUCCAAGCUGAUAUCCCAGAGCAAGGAGUUUUUUUCCAAGAUGGUUGUAGAUGCUGUCAUGAUGUUAGAUGACUUGUUACAACUCAAAAUGAUUGGAAUAAAGAAGGUGCAAGGAGGUGCUCUGGAAGAUUCUCAGUUGGUGGCUGGAGUCGCCUUUAAGAAGACGUUCUCUUAUGCUGGGUUUGAAAUGCAACCCAAGAAGUACCAGUCUCCCAAGAUUGCUGAGCUGCAGCACAAAGCUGAGAAGGACAACGCCGAAGUCAGAGUAAACACGGUGGAGGAUUACCAGGCCAUUGUGGAUGCUGAAUGGAACAUCUUAUAUGACAAGCUAGACAAAAUCCACAAGUCGGGAGCCAAAGUUGUCCUGUCCAAACUUCCUAUUGGUGAUGUGGCUACUCAGUACUUUGCAGAUAGAGACAUGUUUUGCGCUGGCCGUGUCCCGGAAGAAGAUCUCAAGAGAACUAUGAUGGCCUGUGGCGGUUCCAUUCAGACUAGUGUCAAUGCCCUGUCGGAUGAUGUGCUGGGCCGAUGUGAAGUGUUUGAGGAGACUCAGAUUGGAGGAGAUAGGUACAACUUCUUCACGGGCUGCCCAAAGGCGAAGACUUGCACGAUAAUCCUGCGAGGGGGUGCAGAGCAGUUCAUGGAGGAGACGGAACGCUCCCUGCAUGAUGCCAUCAUGAUAGUCAGGAGAGCAAUCAAGAACGACUCGGUUGUUGCUGGCGGUGGUGCGAUAGAGAUGGAGCUUUCCAAAUACCUCCGGGACUAUUCCAGGACCAUUCCAGGCAAGCAGCAGCUGCUGAUAGGUGCUUACGCUAAAGCCCUUGAGAUCAUUCCCCGCCAGCUAUGUGAUAAUGCUGGCUUCGAUGCCACCAACAUACUGAACAAGCUCCGAGCCAAGCACGCACAGGGAGGUAUGUGGUACGGUGUGGACGUGAACAACGAGGACAUCGCUGAUAACUUUGAGGCCUGCGUGUGGGAGCCAGCCAUCGUGCGCAUCAACGCGCUGACGGCAGCCUCCGAGGCCGCCUGCCUCAUUGUGUCUGUAGACGAAACCAUCAAGAAUCCCCGUUCCACGGUGGACGCUCCGCCUGGCGGACGGGGCAGGGGACGAGGCAGGCCCCACAACCACUGAGACCCGGCGCCUGUGUCCCUGUAGGGACAGGGGCCGGUGCUCUCCUCCAUUGUGCAAAUUGGAAAAGAAUUGAUUUCUAGCUUAAUUAACAGGCUAUUUACCAUAUGGUCGUUUGAGGGCUUACGGGCAACCACGGGCCUUGUUUAAUUAGAAUCAAGUCUUGGCAUCAGUAGCAGGAACCUCCUGUGAUAUGCCCUGUCCCAACGUUUUCUACACAGCACUGAUCCCCUGAGGCUCGUCUCUUGUCCUUCCUCUCGGAAGCUACACUGAACGGAGCCGUCUUCAACACCGGCAGAUAGUGCAGGAAGCGUGCGCGGGGUUUGGUUGUAUUUAUAAAUUUUCUUUUUCUCCUGGGGAUUUUGAACCCAGACUCAAACACAAUAAAAGGAUACAGUGUUUCAGU